AUGCCUGCCGGGCCCCGCUGCACCUGCAUCCGCACCACUAGGCUUCGGACCAGAGUCCCAUGGGCGAUUCGACUCGGCCUCAGAAGAUCUCCACGUCUUCACUCUGCCUGCUGCCACAACCACAGCAUCACUAACCAAGUCGAGGACCAUGAGCACUGCUGCCUCUUGAAGACACGCCACCUCGCUUCGAAGCAGCGCAGGCUCUUGCCUGCCAGGAGUUCCUUGAAGAGGAAGCAGGGGGCACACCGAAAGGGGAGCCUGACUGGAGGACUGAUAAAGAGUGGAGCCGCACCUCCCAAAGACCACAGCUUUGUCAACAAGUUGGCCACUCAAGAAGGAGUUCUCACCAGUCUCCCAAGGGGCUCUGCUGACGGAGUAUUCCCCAAAUUGUUUGUCUCUGUCCUGGACUCCAGCUCCCUUGAAGACGCAACCAACAAUUUCUCCUUCCAGGAGUUCCCACAGGACCCAUGUCCUGAUCAGCACGUUCCCACCGCUUCUGACCAGCCCUUGGUCUCUGCCUCCUCAGAGUGGCAGCGGAAGCUGGAGGCGGCCGAGGCACUGCUGAUUCUGAAGGAAUCUUCCCAGGCCCCUUCAGGCUCCAUCUCCCUGCUCCAGCCUUGAGCUGCACCAGCUCCUGCUGGGGAUAGAGGGCUCCAGCCCUCCAGCGCCCCUCUCCAACCCAGGCCAGCCAGCUCUGUUUCUCUGCCUGUUGGACACCUGGGGCGCAUCUCCCUCUUGAGCUAGAAGCCCAAAGGAGGAGGCUUCUCUAGAGUAGUGCCUGUGUAUGCAUUUGCAAAAUGUUUAGUGUUCAAAGUGCUUAAAGUUAAAAAACAUAAAGGCCGCCCUGGCUGGUGUAGCUCAGUGGAUUGAGCACGGGCCUGCGAACCAGACAGUCGUGGUUCGAUUCCCAGUCAGGGCACAUGCCUGGGUUGCAGGCUGGUUCCCUGCAGGCCAGUUCCCAGCAGGGGAUGCAUGAAAGGCAACCGUACAUUGAUGUUUCUCUCCCUCUCUCUGUCCCUUCCCCUCUAAAG